CCCCCCCCCCCUUACGCUCUUCGACAUACGCACAUCCAUCAUACCGCGCGGAUGAUGGAAUGUGGUUGUUGACGGGCUUUUAGUUGUGUGUGAGUGAGUGUGUCAUCUAUCUAGCGACAUCUAGCGGCCGUCCUCAGCUUCGUUGCGACUACUCUCCACUAUAAUCCACUGGCGUGUCACGCUCCGCGAGAAUCGAGUCUCCUCUCGUCGGCGGCGAGGAGCGCUGGGGAGCCGUGACCGCCGGCUAAAGUCGUCCAAAUUUCUUCCUAAAGGAGGUGGCGGCGUUCGUCACGACGGUGCGGGGAGACCACCCCAGGGGUCAACCACCCCAGGGGUCAAUCACCCCCGGGGGGGGGGGGGGGGGAAGCCACCUCCAGGCGGGCGGGCCGGCUCAGCCUCCAUCUGCCGCCGCCGAGGAGGAGGAGGGAGAAGACGAGAAGGAGGAGGGUACAAGCGGUACGAGGGACCAUGGGCUCGGAUACCCACUCUUCCGCACUGCUGUUGCUGCUGCAUCUCUCCGCUCUGCUCGCGGCCACGGCCGAGUCCCAGGACGGUCCCCCGUGCCUACCCUCGCUCAUAGAGGCCACCGCCGUGACGGGCGGCGAGGGCCUGGGCACCUGGGACGUGGCCGAUGAGGACGCCUGCGUGGCCCUGUGCUGCGCCAUGGCGCGCUGCGACACGGCUGUGCUGGGGCCUCAAAGGGCCUGCGAGCUGUUCGCCUGCGAGGACGUCCCGUGCAACUUCGUAGACCACGAGGAGAGCAAGGUCCGAUUCGUGGAGCCCCAGAUCCAGCCGGCGACCGCGGAGGAGAUGGGGGAAGCCCCGACGAGCGAGCAGGACAUUUGCAAGCUGCCUCCGAAGGUGGGACAUUGUCGUGCCCGCCUGACGCGCUGGUUCUACGACAGAGAGAGCCGCUCCUGCCAGACCUUCAUCUACGGGGGCUGCAAGACCAACGGCAACAACUUUGAAUUGGAGGAGAAAUGCCUGCAGCGCUGCGGGGAGGGUGCAGCUCCACAGGUGCAGGAGCCCCAGAGAGUCGUGGGUGUGCAGGAGGAGGGACAGGGGGAACAUCACCCACCCACGACCUCCACCCCAGAACAGAAAUCCAACGAGGAGCACUUCUCCGAGCCGCCCCCGCCAUUCUCUACCGAUGAUUGCUUGUCCAUGCCCGAUAAGGGCCCGUGCAGGGGCAGCCACUGGCGCUGGUUCUACUCGGCCGAGUCUGGGGGUUGUGAGAAAUUCAUGUACGGCGGCUGCCAAGGCAACGGGAACAACUUCCACAGCAACCAGCAGUGCCUCUCCAGCUGUGGCUUGCAAAAAGAACCGAUGUCAGGAAAAGGAAGAACGCUGCAGAGCUACGAGUUCUGCAGGCUGGAGGCGUUGACAGGGUCGUGCCGUGGCUCGUUCACCCGCUGGGUCUACACCCCGAUCAACGGCUCCUGCUCCGAGUUCACUUACGGCGGCUGCCGCGGCAACCAGAACAACUUCCUGCUGGAGGCCGAGUGCCUAACGACCUGCGGCCUGCAAAACGGCACCGCGGCGAGGUCCCGGAUAAAGCCGGAUGACUUGGACCCCGCCGACGUGUGCCUGCUGAAUCCCACCACCGGCCCGUGCCGUGGCUCCUUCACACGCUGGACCUACGACGCCGCGACGAGCACCUGCAAGGAGUUUACCUACGGCGGUUGUCGCGGCAACCAGAACAACUUCCUUGAGGAGGCGGAGUGCCUGAUGGACUGCGGACGGAGCGACGGUGCCGACCACGCUCUCGUAUUCAGGACCAUGGCUCCUCCAGAAGACAUCUGCCUGCUGGAGGAGGCCGUGGGGCCUUGUCGAGGCUCUUUCACGCGCUGGAUCUACGAUGCUGAGAGCAGCAACUGCAAGGAGUUCACCUACGGAGGCUGCGGCGGAAACUUCAACAACUUCCUGGAGGAGACGGAGUGCAUGGUCACAUGCGGCCGAUCGCUGGAGGACGACGAUGGUAAAAUCCACAUGGUCGCCACAGAGAUCCCUCCCGACGUCUGCCUGCUGGAGGCCGUCACGAGCCCGUGCCGCGGAUCCUUCACGCGCUGGACCUACGACGCCGAGAGCGGCCACUGCAAGGAGUUCACAUACGGAGGCUGCGGCGGAAACUUCAACAACUUUCUGGAGGAGACUGAGUGCGUGGCCAUGUGCGGCCUGCAAGACGGAUUCGUGGAUAUCGGCGAAGGAGAGGGCCAGCUGCGCUUGGCGGUGCACAAGCUCGACGCAGAGGCGUGCCUGAUGGAGGCCGUCACGGGCCCGUGCCGCGGAUACUUCACGCGCUGGACCUACGACGUAGAGAGCGGCCGCUGCAAGAAUUUCACCUACGGCGGCUGCCGUGGCAACCACAACAACUACGUAGACGAGGCGGACUGCAAGGCAAACUGUGGACCGUCUAAAGGAGGCUCCACCUCGAGGCUGUUUGAUUCGGACAACUCCAACGAAGACCUCUGCAAAGCGGAGCCCCAAACUGGGCCAUGCCGGGCCCACUUCCAGCGCUGGUACUACAGGGACAGCACCGGCGGCUGCGCCAAGUUCACGUAUGGAGGCUGUGCCGGCGGUUUCAACAAUUACCUGACAGAAGAGAUCUGCCUGAAUGCCUGCUCCGCAGAAUCCAAUGCCGACAGAAACGUCAAUGAGUCUGGAUCCCUUCGAGUUGCCGGGGUGCUGUUCGGCGUGCUCGUCGCCGUCCUCAUGGUCGUGUUCGUCGUGUGGAAGUUGCGCCGCAAUCGCCGAAAACAGACGAGUAACGGCACCGCCACGACCAACGGGACGACCACCACCACCACCACCACCGCGGUCGCGGACGGGCAGCCCGGCGCCGAAACCAAGGAGGAGAACACGCACCUGAUGGCCGAGCUGCCGCACAGCCCCUUCAUGGGCAAGCAGAGCAGCGUCUAGCAGCACCGCCUCCCCAAGGCCGCUGGAUGAUCGUGCCAGGUCAAGGGGUCACCGUGUCAUCGCACAUUGAGUACCACCGCUUCGGUCUGCCCUUUUCUACUGGGCCUUUCCCCACCAACCCCCCCCCCCUCCCUGCUGUGCAAUGUGACCUCAGCACGGCACUUGCAGGGUCGUGUGUGACGUGAACAGGGCUCCCACGUAGUUACCGGGUGUAGCCACACUGCAGGGCUGAUGACCAUUGAACUCAGUAGCUCACACUCAUGGGGACCCCAGCUGAGAGAUUACCCCCAACGCCUUUCCCAGCACAACGCCGUCUGGUCUUUUCCUCCAUCAUCCUCACGUUUUUCCACUGCAGUUCCGCAGACCUCGACAGCAACUUUGUUUUUUUUGCGUUUGUUUCUGUAAUUAAACCUUUUUGGACUUAUCAUUGAAGAAUCAUUUGAAGCCAGUUUUCCCAAAGCAUCAUCAGGAAGGCACUCCGCGCAAGGUGGUCCAGGCUACAGCUGUGUCUCAGGACUGCCGCAGGAAACAACAAGUGCAAACCUCUUAUUAUUUAGCAUCCCCGCGUUCAGGGAUUCGUCGAAAGAGACGGCGUGAUUCUGCCAUCAGGAACCCGUGAGGAGAUCGCUUGGGCACAGGUUGUGAGAAUGCAACGGUACGGUCACGCAUUUCUCGCUUCCUCUUUCACCAUAAAUGCAGUUUUGGAAAAAGCCGUAACUUUUGCAGCGUGUGUUUGUGUUUUGUAUUAAAAAAAGCCUUUCUUUUGUACCGAUAUUAGUUUAGCAGAAUUUUUACAAUUAUUUUUCGUUUAAAGAAUCGUCGUUAUAACCACCGACAACUGUCUGUUGCCGAAGCCAUGCACGCUGUAGAGUACAUUCUUCCUGGCCGGGGCUUGGCUUGGCUAUGGAGCCAUAAGUGGACCGUCCUGUACCCAUGGGUUCGUAUUAGGCACGCAGUUAUUCACUGAUGAGUCGGUUAAACGCGAAUUAUACACUCACGAGGCACUGCAUUGCGCUUCACAGAAUAUAUUUACAAUUAACAGGAACUUUAUGCUGAUAUACAUUUAGACCACAAUAACAUUUUUGGUGAUUUUCGGUUUGGACCAAUGGAAUGAACGUGACACAAUUCGGCAGGACAGAUGAGUUGGGUGAUAGAAACGAGAAACUACAAACGAGGCAAUAACAAUAUCAAUUAUCAAAUCGUGAAGACCGAUUCGCCAGGAAAGUGAAUCGUUACGUGCCUGGUUUUUGCAGCAGGCCUGGGCUCAGAUCUGCACCAACAGCAUUGAGUUCCUCAUGGGGCAUCCGUCUCUCACCACUGCAUGCGAACUUGGCACAUUACACAUCGCUGGCCUCACUCCACAAUGGCCAUUGGAUUGUUGAUUAAAUAUUUUCAUUUUUCAUUGCAUUGGCUUUGAGUUUAGGGGUCGAUAUGAACGGUCGGGUUUGUGCCAAGAGUCGACACGGCCACCACCGCACACAUAAGAUCCAGUAUGCUAGACCGGUAAUUGGUAAAUUUGGCGCAACAUGGCUAGAUGUCUACAGACAAGAUGAACAAGGUUUUAUUUUUUAUGAUGCGACGUGUGCAAUUGGCAAGUUAAGUGGUGACAUUACUUCGACAGCGAAGAGAGAGGGCAAUGUGGUGGUGACACCGACCGCUCUCGUUCGCAUCUGGUGUUGUGGGCAGUGACGAGGGACGUGUUUGUAAAUAUGUAAUACUGUAUAUGUGUUCAAAAUGUUAAAAUAGUAUUGUGAUUCACCCUUCCUCUUCCAUGCGUUUGGCUCGAUGUUGGAACCUUUUGUAUUUGCUGGUCCCCAUUGCACCAGCACUCGCGCUCAGACACAGGAAACGAUUUGCACCUGAGCAGGUUGGUUCAGUCAUUGUUUUCAAGGGGGCUUUAACGAUGCAUUCAUUGAUCCACCGACAUGCGUCUUUGAACUCUCGGUACGUGCAUCAAACCGUGCGUGCGCGAGAACGGAUGUUUUUCGAUAAGUAUAUUUUGUAUGUGUAACAUGUUAACGUGACCUCUGAAGCCACUACAGGGCCGCUACAUUGACUACAAUGUAAAAAAAAAAGUUUAGAUUUUUUUUAUUGCGGCUAUUCAUCAAAUCUGCAAGUGAAUCUUUACGCUCGUAGCUUUGAAUUGCGCGAUGAGAUGCCCUGGAACCAUCGAUGCUUACCGUACAUUUUGCCAGCGACCUCGGGGCCGCGCAAGUCUCAACGCGCAGCUUCCAUGCGAGCGCACGCUUUGGUGCUCGUUAAGAAGAGGCAUGCGUGAACCGCGAAUGCCGAGGUUCUCUAGGACUGCUCGGUAACGGAGCCAGGUUUAACGACCCACGCCAACGUGCGGGGUGUGAUGAGCUUCGGUUUUUGGCACCCGGUUCUGUGUGAAGAGAGGGGCGUUCGCGAUGUGAUGCAACUCGAGGGCAUCGAGUUUAGUUAUUGAGCUUGUUUUAUGUUACUUUUAAUAGGUUUUGAGGCAGGUUUUAUAGUAAGUAUUGAUCGUUGUAAUUUCUGGGUAUUUAAUUACAAUAAACUGUUGAGCUUGCAAA